AUGCGACAGGGAUUGGCAGCCAAUGAAGCUUGUGAUGUUUUACUCCCAGGUGACAAUUGUCCUUAUUGGUUGGCCCAUACAGGUGAGGGGCAUUCAGUGUAUUUCACUGUGCCUGAGGACUGUGGCAUGAAAGGAAUGGCUUUGUGUAUUGUUUAUUUAUCAAGCCCUGAAAUCAUGGCAACCGAAUGCCUUACUAGUGUCUUAAUUGUUAAUUACACAAAGUGCACCAUACAGAUACACAAUCAGCACACAGUGAUUUCCUUUAAUGAUCAAGAUUGGCAGGAUAUAAUAUCUCAUCUGCGAGGUGGAGACAAGGUGGAGAUUUUUGUGACUUUUGGUCAUGAAUUGGUGGUAAAAAAAACAGCUGUCUAUCUAAUGUAUGGUGAAUCGAAUAAUAUGGGAAUUAAGCCGACGCAUUGUGAAUCAAAUGUCUUGGAAAAGAAGCCUGAGCCUGAGCCUGAGCCCGAGCCUGAGCCUGAGCCUGAGCCUGAGCCAGAGCCUGAGCCAAAGGAAAAUGCCUUCAUAAGAUUCUUAACAAAAAUUGCAAAGUGUGAUUUCUCGUAA